UUAUUUUGUUUAAUUAUUAGUUUUUUAAAUGCAUAUUAAAUUUAAUACCUAUUGGUGGAGAGGGGGACAUGUGAAAAUAUUGUAACAACAAAAGUAGUACAUAGCACAAACAAAAAAAAUGCAAAAGUGGGCCUAUUGCUAAAAUAGGCUGUUCUGAAAAUAUUCCAAGGGUGAUAAACUUGUGUAAAGUUUUCACCUGUACAGUUUUUACAUCUAAUGAUUUUUUAAAUUAGUGGAGAGGGGCCCUGUUGUGAAAAUAUUUCAAGUGUGAUAAACUUGUGGAAAGUUUUCACCUGUAGAUGUUACAUCUAAUGAUAAUUUUUUUUAAAUUACAAAUUGGAAGAUAGUCUACUGUGAAAAUAUUCAAAGUGUGAUAAACUUGUGUAAAGUUUACACCUGUAGAUAUUACUUAUAAUUAUAAUUUUUUAUUUAUAAAUUAGCAGAGCCAUUGUGAAAACAGGCCAAGUGUGAUCAACUUUUCUGAUCGAUAUUACAUCAAAUCCCAGUCACAAUAAAAAUAUCAUGAAAGGAAUUGGUCCUCAACAAGAGCCCUGGAGUGGCAGAAAUCAGUGAGAUGUUUCAAGUCCCAUUUUGACAAUUUGAUAUCUUCCACUAAAGUCAGAUAUUCAUUGCAGAAGUGUUCCAUGGACCUCAUGUUGAUGAAGUUUUUAGAGUAAGCAGUUGAUGACCUAUUUUAUCAAAAUCCUUGGAAAAAUCAAGGUAGACUGCGUCCACUUGGUGUCCUGUUCCAAUUGCCUUAACUAUGUAACCUUGAAUAAGUAGAUGAUUUGUUGUAGUUCAUCUGCAAGGAUUUUUUUUGCCAUGUUUUUGGGGUACUUCUUAGAAGUAUAUAUUUUUUUUAAUUUUUGCAUUAACUUGUAACGCCUGAACGCAAAUAACUGUAAUAAACUUGUGUAGGUUUCUGUUUCUAACCAUCUAACAAUAGAUUUUCAAAUAUGUAGAUGGGAGAGAAGGUUAAUCGCAAAAAUAUCUACUUGCGUUAAGGUUUUGUACACUGUAAUUCACAUAAUAAUAGAUUUGCAAUUUUAUUUUUAAAUGUAUGUUACAUACAAUAAUUACUGUAUGAGUAGUGCAAAGCAGCACAUAAUAAAAAUAAAUAACUAAAAUUCAAAAGUGGUUCUAUUGUGAAAAUUUGUCAAGCGCAAUAAACUUGUGUAAAGUUUUCACCCGCACAAGACAUUAUAUAUGAUGAUAAUUUUUAUUUAUAAAUUUGCAUGGUUGUGCUUAUUGAGGAAAUGUGCCAAUUGCAAUAAGCUUGUGAAAAUUUUAUAAAUUUUUGUGUAUUUUUGUAAUAUUAUGAUGUUAAAUCUAAUGAUAAUUUUUUUUAAAAUGCAAAUUUGCAGAAGGGAGCUAGUGAAAAAAUGCCAAGUGAGAUAAACUUGUGUAAAAUUUUCUGUAAGAUACUACAUCUAAUGACUUUUUAUUUACUCAAAAAUUUGUGGGGUCUGUUGUGAAAAUAUUCAGUGUGAUGAACUUGUGUAAAGUUUUCACCUGUACAGAUAUUACAUCUAAUGAUUUUUUAUUUAUUUAUAAAUUUGCGGAGAGGCGGUCAGUUGUGAAAAUAUUCCAAGUGUGAUAAAUUUGUGUAAAUAUUUCACUUGUACAGAUAUUACAUCUAAUGAUUUUUUAUUUAUUCAUAAAUUUGCGGAGGGAGGCCUGUUGUGAAAAUAUUCCAAGUGCGAUAAACUUGUGUAAAGUUUUCACCCGCACAAGACAUUACAUAUGAUGAUAAUUUUUAUUUAUAAAUUUGCAUGGUUGGGCCUAUUGAGGAAAUGUGCCAAGUGCGAUAAGCUUGUGUAAAUUUUAUAAAUUUUUGUGUAUUUUUUGUAAUGUUCUGAUGUUAAAUCUAAUUUUUUUUUUUUUAAUGCAAAUUUGCAGAAGGGAGCUUGUGAAAAAAUGCCAAGUGCGAUAAAUUUGUGUAAAAUUUUCUGUAAGAAUAUUUGUGGGGGUCUGUUGUGAAAAUAUUCAGUGUGAUAAACUUGUGUAAAGUUUUCACCUGUUCAGACAUUACAUCUAAUGAUUUUUUAUAUAUUCAUAAAUUUGCGGAGGGGGGCCUGUUGUGAAAAUUUUCCAUGUGCGAUAAACUUGUGUAAAGUUUUCACCUGUACAGACAUUACAUCUAAUGAUUUUUUUAUUUAUUUAUAAAUUUGUGGAGGGGGGUCUGUUGUGAAAAUAUUCAAAGUGUGAUAAACUUGUGUAAAGUUUUCACCUGUAGAUGUUACAUCUGACUACAAUUUCAGUCGUAAUUUUGCAGUGGGGGCAGUACACCUGCACUUAGAUCUGUCACAGUUGUCACAUCCAACAGUAUUUGCAUAAAAAUAAUUUUUUACAGGUUAAAAAUUACCGGAUAAUUUUUUUUUCUGGAGGCAGUGAAGGUUUUCUCAGUGCUAGAAGUGUUUGUGAAGGUUGAACCAGAACACUCGUUAUGUCAUUGCCGAAAGGAUGGGAUGACUGGGCAGUGCCAAAAUGUACAGAAGUAGAUUUUACAGAUAAGGAAAAUCAAAUGGGGACACAAAAUGCAGGAUGCUCUGGCGCAAAUCAGGAACCAAGUUCACCUGUAUCUUCAACAUUCGAUUGCCUCAAUAAAAUAUGUACGGCGAGGAACGUCACACAGUCUGAAGAGGCCUGUGAGAUUGGGGAAAAGCGCAUCCUCAGGCCGAGGCGGAGCAUGCUGAUCCCAUCACCGACGUACAAUUGCCGUUCGUGCUCAGCCAAGUACAAACGCUGGGAGUCGUACUACAUUCACGUCAAGUUCAAGUGUCUCAAGAACAUUUACAGGACGAGGCGAUUCGCCUGCCCUUUUUGCGAGUCGUACUCAUCCAAUGUGAGGUCCUCCCUCGCAAAGCACAUUGUCUAUGAACACGUCGACAAACCCGAUCUGUCGGUGCGUCAUCUUGAUUCACUAGUCCGUCACAUAGUAAUAACCUUUUUCUUCUCUCUAUACAGGAAGAAGCUUUGUACGACUGAGAGUUCUGUUCGAUGAUUUAUUCUGUAUUUUUGACAUGUAUAAAUAAAA